CCUGUUGUGUUGUAGCUAAACAUCCAAAGCCGCGGCCAUGCUCAGAGUGUCUUCUUACCGCAAGCUGUUUGAGGAGGGGAGCUGGAGUCCAAAUGGAAGUUCCAGUAUGCAGUGUGCAGGCCAGUACCGGGCCUCCGUCAGGGGUGCGGCUGCUGACGAGUGUGACUGUGACAAGUUGGACUUCGUAGCUGCCAGGGCGCUCAGCAAGGAGGGUCUGGACCAGUUUGUCAAAGAUCGCACCAGCAUUGCUGCUCUCAACGACCGACUGGUCAGGCUGAUUAAACUGGCUCAUUGUUUCGAGGAGGAGAAUGAGUCUCUUGAGUGUCAGAUUGAGGAGCUGGAGGACAAGCUGAGUGAUCGACAAGCCUCCUCCACCCUCACCACCAUUGUGGCUGCACCGGACUUCAGCCUGGAUGCAGUGGUGGACAGACUGCGUGUGGAGAGGGAUGAGAUUCUGUGCGACACAGAAGAGCUGCAGAGAGAGCUGCAGCGUCUGAAGCAAGAGUAUGAGAAGGUUGCUCAGCAAAAGAUCUUCCUCCAGCAGGACCGCCAAGAUGUCGCAGAGGAAGUGGACACUGUGACAGCAAAGUGUUUGGCGCUGAGGGAGCAAGCGGCUAUCUACGAGGAGCAGCUGGCCAACAUGGAGGCCCAGCACAAGACGGCAGUGGAGGAUCUGCUGGAGCCAGCUGAAGAGACUACAGGAGUGGUAGCAACUCUUAAAUUUGGCAGCCCUGACAUCACUGCGGCCUUGGAUGUAAAGGAAUACUACUGCCAGCUGGCUGAGAGCCUGCAGUUUGAGCGAGGUGUAUCCUCCUCUGCUGUUGUUCCCAGUGGUGAUGGAGAAGUGGGAGUGGGAGGAGCUGCGGGGGUAACAGUCAAAGACUUGACAAAGACAGAGGACAUCAUUGAACUGAAGAUGCUGAUUUCAGAGCUACAAACGGAGCUUUCAGAGCUUGAAAAAUGCAACGAGGAGUUGGAGGACGAGGUUGAGAUGAAGAAGGCCGCCUACAUGGAGGAGAUUGCUGACUUGGAGUGUACUAUAGAAGAAAUGAGGCUCCAGGAGGCUGACUUCGAAGUGCAGAUGAAAGAGCAAUGUGAAGAGUACAAGGAGCUGCUCAGUGAGAAGAUGGCCAGAGAGAUAGAGAUCACCGCCUACAGGAGUCUGGUGGAGGGAGAAGAGGAGAGGCUUUGCAACCUGUGACUUGAGGCCGGCGAGUCAGACAGGCAGGCUUGAUGCUCCCCCACACGUGGAUCAGAAAACACACAAAGAAAAACACGAAAACCAGACACAAAUCAGCACUAGAAUGAAGCUUAAGGUACCAACACAGCAAUUUGAGCAGAUGUAAACUUAUCAUGACAGAUUAAUGCCGACUGGAGACCUAAGCUGGGCCACUGAUAACAGGUCUCUGGCAGAUGACCCCGAGUCUACAAGAAAGAUGGAGCUGUCUGAGACUGGUGGGAGGAUGGGGGCUGUGCGAUGAGUGUGUAUCCAUUCAGUGUCUGGCAGAGAUAUUUCCUUAAGUGGGUUUUAUCUAUACCAGCUCGCUGAUAUCAUUCAGAAAUGUUUUGUCACUUUUCUGCUAGUAACAAGUAUCACACAAAAAUCACACAAACACAAACUGUACGGCUCCGUGGGGUCAUUCCCUCCUGAUACACUUCGUCCAUCACUCAAACACGGACUGAUUACCAGCUCUUAACCUUUACCCUCUCUGCUGUUAACAAACGUAUUGACAGCCCUCUCUCUAGUAACCAAAAGCAUCUCACCUUUCCUUUGCUUUUACAGUCAUGCCUUCAUGUUGGUUUUACAUAUAACUGACGCUCAAGUGCACCGUGCCCAGUGUUUGGUUUGCAAAUGGCUCAUGAAGUUGUUUUUCUGCAGCUCUUACAAAACGUGCACCUGGAUCUUUCGCGAAAGAAAAACCUCUAUGAUUAAUUAUUUCUUCUUUUGAAAAGCAAUGUCCCAAUUUUCUGUCAUUUCAGGAAAAUUUUGUAAUACAUUCCUUUGUAAUCUUUUCCUUACUUUCUACACAACUUUAAAACCAGUGAUAAAUCAU